AUGUCUGACGAUGAGUACGGCUAUGAUAAUGAUGACAUUGGGGGGUUGGACGAAUAUCAAGAGCAAGAUCUCGUUGAAGAUGAACUUGAACCGGAUCUUCCAAGCGGGUAUGGUGCUGAAGAUCAAAGAGAUGUGAAUAUAGUAGACAUGCAAGGUGGCGUUGGGAUCAUCUCGAACGGUGUGGGUGGUGUUGGUAUGGAUAUUGAUAAGGCAGAAAAGGUUGUUCAAGAAAAAGAGAGAGUCACAACUCCAUAUAUGACAAAAUACGAAAAGGCUAGAAUCUUAGGUACUAGAGCUUUGCAGAUCAGUAUGAAUGCACCAAUCCUUGUUGAUCGUGAUAAUGAAACCGAUCCUCUUGAAAUUGCAAAGAAGGAACUUCGCCAAAAGAAGAUUCCCUUAAUGGUACGAAGAUUCCUUCCUGACGGGAGCUAUGAGGAUUGGCAUGUUAGGGAGUUGAUCAUACCUGAUGACGAGUCCUCGUCUAGAGAUGCAAAUAGUUGGCUUAGCUCGGGCCACG